CCCUUCAGUCUGUCUCAAAGAGUUGCUUCCAACACUCUCCUGUAUUUGAGGUCUGGUAACACAGGGAUUGCUGGUGCUCCUGCUUGGCUGCAGGAUUUUACUGCAGCCAAAGUUUGGCUUUUUCUCCCUUCUGUAAGGUCCUUUGGUAAGACAAAUCUAAAAUCAUGGUCAGCUCCUGGGUCAGCCUCCGAAUCUCUGUGAUACUUCACCUCGUCUGCCUGUCUCUGGCACAGUUUACUGGUCCACCAGGAGAGCCAGGUCCUCGUGGCCCUCCAGGCCCAUCAGGAAUUCCAGGAUCAGAUGGCAUUGAUGGUGAUCGAGGGCCUCCAGGCAUUGGACCAGCGGGUGCUAAAGGUGAUCCUGGCCUUCCUGGACCAGACGGACCUCCUGGUGAAGCUGGUAUUGAUGGUCUGAUAGGAGCUAAAGGAGACCCAGGCCCUGCAGGGCGUCCAGGCACAAAAGGACAGCCUGGGCUGCCUGGACCACAGGGAAAACAAGGUCCUGGAAUUGCUGGACUCCCAGGUAACAGUGGACCAGUUGGUCUUCCUGGAGAAAUAGGAGCUACAGGUCCCAAGGGUAUACGUGGACAAGCUGGAGCUGCUGGGCCCCCAGGACCACCUGGUAAACCAGGACCUUCAGGAAACAUCCAGGGCUUGGAAGGCAGCGCAGAUUUCCUGUGUCCAACAAAUUGCCCAGCAGGACCUAAAGGACCACAAGGAUUACAGGGGGUGAAGGGACAUAAGGGUCGUCCAGGUCCUUUGGGAGAAUCAGGAGUACAGGGGACCACGGGUCAAAAGGGAGAUGUUGGGAUUUCUGGAGAGCAAGGAAUUCCAGGACCACCGGGCCCUCAAGGAAUCCGUGGCUUCCCAGGAUUGGAAGGACCUAAGGGUGAAACUGGCCCUGUUGGAUACAAAGGAAUGAUUGGAUCAGUUGGAGCCGCAGGAAAGCCGGGUGAAGAGGGUCCUAAAGGGCCUCCUGGACCUCCAGGUGAAAAAGGAGACCGGGGAGCUCGUGGAGUCAUUGGACAGAUUGGAGCCAUUGGACCAAAAGGCAACAAUGGCCUUCCUGGAAUUGAUGGCAAAGAUGGUACCCCAGGCCUUGCUGGACUGAAGGGUAGUCCUGGCCAAAAUGGAACACCUGGUGGUCCCGGUCACCAAGGAUUAGCUGGUUUGCCUGGCCAACCUGGAACUAAAGGUGCUGUUGGUGAAAAGGGUGAGCCAGGCUCUCGAGGAGAACCAGGAUUUACAGGUUCACCUGGAAAGCAGGGAGAGAGAGGACCCCCUGGAGAAGUUGGCCCCCGAGGUAUUGCAGGCGCCAAGGGAGAUCGUGGUGAGAGAGGACCAGUUGGACCAGUUGGACUUCAAGGGAAAGUUGGUACAAAGGGUGAACAGGGCCCUCCAGGUAUCCCAGGCCCUCAGGGGCUUCCCGGAGUAAAAGGAAGCAAGGGUUUCCCUGGCAAAGUUGGAGGAAAAGGAGACGUGGGAGAUCCAGGAGUUGAAGGAUUGGCCGGUGACAAGGGAGAGAAGGGUGAAUCUGGGGAACCAGGACCAAAGGGACAGCAAGGUGUGCCUGGAGAACUGGGUUACACUGGACCAACUGGAGAUCCAGGUAUGCCUGGAAUACAAGGCCUUCCUGGUUCACCAGGGAGAAGAGGACACAAUGGAGAGAGAGGUGUUCCUGGGAUGCCAGGAAGUCAAGGAGUGCCGGGUCGGGAUCCUAGUGACCAGCACAUUGUCGAAGUGGUUAUGAAAAUGUUGCAAGAAAAUCUUGCAGCUGUUGCUGUCAGUGCUAAGCGUGCAGCCAUUGGUGGAGCUGGUGUCAUGGGACCCCCUGGACCACCUGGCCCACCCGGACCACCAGGAGAACAAGGUCCACAUGGACACGUUGGUCCACGUGGUAUUCCAGGCAUUGUGGGUGUAAUGGGUCAAGUUGGAAACACUGGGCCCAAAGGCAAGAGAGGAGAAAAAGGUGACCGAGGAGAGACAGGACGUGGGCACCAAGGUUUACCUGGACCUCCUGGAAUUCCAGGUCUCCCUGGUAUUCCCGGUCAUGCUGUUGAUGGAAAGGAUGGAGAUAGAGGCUCACAAGGGGCAUCAGGAGAGCCGGGAAGACCUGGGCUCCCUGGACCAGCUGGUCUCCCAGGGUUCUGUGAGGCAGCAGCAUGUUUGGCAGCCUCUGCUUAUGCUCCAGCAUCUCUGACUGAACCAGGCACCAUCAAAGGUUAAGGAACCCACUUUCCCCAUCAAAUUCUCUUAAAGGACCCUGGAGACAAACUGAGAAUAUCAUGGGAAUAAACCUGUACUUAUUGCAGGGACUAGUUCUCCAAAUACACCAUGCUUCCCCAACAUGGUCCUUUCAUAUACAAAGGGGGUUUGCAGGACCUAAAAAAUAAAAAAGCUCUGGCACGACCAUGGGAGGAAGCAAGAACAGGAGGUUCUGAGGUUUCCAGUGAAACAUUCUCAGUCACCAAAUGCCAUUUUACCCUUCUCUACAUUAUUGGUUAUCAAGGCCCACCUCUUUAAUUCUAUUUCCAUUAAGAAGAUGUACCCAGAUUAGAGACAACAGGGGAUCACCUACUGGCUGCCUGCAAAGCAGGUGGUGUAAACUAACAAGCGACACCAACUUUCAUGUCUGAUAUCAAGCAAUACUGUGUGUUUUCCCGAAGAGCAGGAAAUGUAUUAACGAAGCUCUCCAGCAUUUAUGGCUUCUUCCUUCACUUGAAGAAACAGAAAGAAAUGAAUAGUAAUGUGUUUGUUGUCAUGUAUAAUAUUCAUAUACUCCUUUUACCUUUCCUACUGGACACAUCCGGGCAGAAAUAUUCCAAAUUCCAAAAUAGUCCAGUACAGACCAAAAUAUAAAUAGUAAAUACUGUUAAUGGCAUUUUGUGUCUUUUUGUACAAAGUGUUGGCAUUAAAGGCCUCUAUUUAUAUUACAAUCAAAAAGUGUAUUUCUAAAUGAAUUCCAUUACAUCUAAAAGGUCCCUACAUUUCCAACAUUAAAACAUCUACUUGAUAAACGUUCAGUUUAAUACCGCAGGAUUACUGUGAUGGCGGGAGUGAUAUAUAAAUAUAUAAUGUUAAAUAUAUAAUGUUUAUAAGCAGAAAGAUAAGUAUAAACAUUCUUUCUUUGCUCACCUGAAUUUGGACAAAAGCCGAUCACAGAUAAAUGAGGCCUGUUUAAAGUACAUUUUUCUCUGUGUAAACAGUAAUACGUGUCUACUGUGUGUAAGUGUGAGAGAAAAGUGUCGUCCUUUUAUGUCUCUAUAUUACCUGUCCGUAUGUUCAUGUUAGUGAUGGGCGAAUCUGACCUGUUUUGCUUCGCUGAAAAUUCACGAAAUGCAUUGAAGUGCAUUUGACACGCAGCAAAUUUUUUCACCCGUCACAGUCUAUGAGUGGGAUUUUCUCGAUGAAACUUGGCGAAAAAUUUCACUUGUCACUAUCAUGGUAUGUUUGCCAUUGUUAGAUGCAGCUUGUAACUGUGAAAGGCAUAAUAACAAAAAGCAGGUAUCUAUUGUCUGUGUGUUCCGUGUAGCAUUAUCAAUAUGAAAGAUGACAAUUUCAUGUUUGUGUAAUGUUGUGUUUCUCUCUCAAGUAAGUGUCUUUCUUUCUGGCUAGCUAUUGUCCUUUGUGUUUAUAAAUGUGGAAACUGCAUGUGGCCUCAUUUCUUGUGUGUGUAUAGGGCAGAUAUCAAGUAGAUAAUGGGGUACUACAAUUAUCAUUCAUCUAGGGGUCCAAAAAGCAACAUUUUAUGCCAUUCCAUGAAAAGCACCAAUGGGUGCCGAGUUUACCUUGGUUACAAUCACACAACAAUGAAUGAGACAAUUUCAUCAGUUUCUAAUCAACGUCUGUGGUCAUUUGGUGCAUGCUUUGGUUCAAACUUAGGCGCCUUGGCUAAUCAAACUGUCUAUUCAGCUAAAGCAGAAAAACAGCAACGGCAAUGGCGCCAUUCAGUGAUAAUAUAUAUAUAUAUAUAUAUAUAUAUGGGCUAUAUAUGGUUAUUGACAAACCCAGGACUACAAAGGCCUGCACUUCCUUGUAUUAAUCCAGCCAACCAGCCAGUGAAUUAAUUGUCCAGACAGGCUGCAUUUUCGUUAAAAUUAUACAAUUUCGGGGGCUUAUUUUCUCAUAGGAAGCAAAUUAACCUCUUUUUUAUUUAAAUAUUGUAUAUACCUAUACACAGGACAACCUUGAAGGAGAACUAAAGCCUAAAAAUGGACAGGGCUAAACAUACUGUAUUUAUCAUACUGAGCUUUCUGUACCAAUAUAGGUGUUCAGUUACUUACAGCAGCUUUCCAUCUUGGAUUGUAUUAGACCAUUUUCUGAGUGUUAAAGGCACUGCACAUGUUCAGUGUGGUCUGAGCAGUUGCUGAGAAGCUAAGCUUAGGCGUUGUCUGAAAUUAUCAAGCAGAAAAUAGUUUUUUUUUGUUUUGUCAUAAAAGUAAUGCUACAGGGCUGAUUAUUACAUUCUGAUGCAUGUGGUUUUUGAGAUGCCUCAAAAUUAAUUACUAAUUAGCCAUCUAUUGUGAAUUUUGUAUUAUAUAUUUAUACUGUGUAUUGGUAGUCAGUCCCUAAGCUUAGGCAACUGACAGCUGCCCAAAGAAAAGAGAAUGAUGAGCUACCGUGGCAUCAUUGGAGGCACCAGUCUUUACUGCUAAAGGGCUGUGGUUGCCUUGAGCUGGUACAGAAGUCAAAAUUUUAAUGUGUUGCAUUUCUAGACUAAUUUUUUUAUGCAUGGUUCUCCUUUAAAGGUAUCCAUCUCAUCAUCCCUUGGACAGAACAUCCAGAUAUUACGUGGUGUCACCAUACAUGGGGUUGGCCACAUUUUAUUGUUCUGUUCAUUUGGGCUGAUGAGGAGGUUUCAUGUGAUAGGAUGGCUGGUCAAAACUGAUCAAUGAAUGAUUAAAAUCCACCAACCUCUAUGAUCAAACUUGAACACAUAUGGUCAACUUAAAAUCCACCAACCUCUAUGAUCAAACCUGAACACAUAUGGUCAACUUAAUAUGCAAGUUAGUACUGUAUGUUUCCUUAAUGUUUAUGUACAAGGUGUCUACUUUGGGUUUUGCCAAAUGGUGCUAAAUAUAUAACUUGUGUCUGUGUAUAUGUUUGGGUCCAUUGCUCUUCACAUCACUGUUUUAACACUGAGAAGUAUGUCAGUUCUUUGUGUCUAAGCUUGUUACCCCUUCUGGAGAGAUGCUAGGUAUUGUUUGUGUUAUAGGUUGUUUUUUGUUGCUGCAGAUAAACAUCAUGUAGUUAUGAUAUAUAUGGGUAUAUGCCGUGUUGUCACUCUUGGAAGGAGUUAAGAGGUGUGAUUGAUAGAUGUGUACAGGAAGGUAAGAGGAACAUUAAAGCUAAUUCACGCCCUUGGUAUUGGUGCAUUAGGAGAAGGCAAGUGGUGAGUGAUCUUUUUCACUAGUAACAGUUAUAAUGACAAAAAUGCACAUUAUGCAAAUUUACCUCAAUUUAGUCUCUACUCACUAAUUUAAAUAAAUUGCAAUUUAGACAUUUCUGGCAAUAUUUUUGGUUUGUUAAAUUGUAAUUUAAGUAUGUUUGUAUUUUUUUUGCAAGCUAAAAUGCUUACUAUUUCCAUAUUUGUGAUCAUGUCCAACAGCAGUGCCAAGAACUUCCUGCAGAACCAGUUCAUCUUCCUCCCCAUGUAAAACUGUGUAAAUGAUUAUUUUAUUUUUUAAAUAAGUACGAAAAAAAGACUUUUUGAGUAAAUUGGAAUAAUAAAGAAGAGUUGAGGUGUC